UUCUGUCUUUAUUUUAGCCCCGCAGAAGUCUUUGGGCGAGGAGGUGAAUGAGCUGACCUCCAGUCGCCUGUUAAAGCUGGAGAAAGAAAAUCAAGCUCUGCUGAAGAAGGUGGAGGAACUCAAAGGGACAGCCAGUCAGGACGACACAGCUAAACUGACCAAAGCCAAUCAAGAAAACCAGAAACUUAACCAGAAAUUGGAGCGACUGGAGAAUGAACUAAUGGUGGAUAGGGAGUCGCUCCGUAGUGCCGAGUCACUGAGUACGGACCUGAUGAAGGAAAAGGCUUUGUUGGAGAAGACUCUGGAGACACUCAGGGAAAACUCCGAGAGACAGACGAAGGGUCUAGAGCAGGAGAACAAGCACCUGAGCCAAACCAUUUCCUCGCUGCGUCAACGCUGCCAGGUUGGAGCUGAGGCCCGCGUGAAAGACGUGGAGAAGGAGAACAGAGUUCUUCACGAGUCGAUCUGCGAGACGACGGGCAAACUGAAUAAGCUCGAAUUUGAAAGGAAGCAGCUACGAAAGGAGCUUGAAUUGAUGAAGGAAAAAGGUGAGAGAGCAGAAGAGUUGGAGAUUCGGCUGCAGAAGCUGGAAAGGGAAAAUGAAAGCCUGCAGAAGAAAGUUGCCACUCUUGGAAUUACCUGCGAGAAGGUUUCUUCUUUGGAGAAGGAGAACUCUGAGUUGGAGGUGGAGGGCCGCCGUCUAAAGAAGAAACUGGACGCUCUAAAAAAUAUGGCUUUCCAGUUAGAGGCGCUGGAGAAGGAAAACGGCCAGCUCGAACAGGAGAACCUGGAGCUCCGGCGCUCAACCGAGACGCUCCGGUCAGCGGGGGCAAAGGCCGCUCAGCUGGAAGCCGAGAACAGGGAGCUGGAGAGCGAGAGGACCCAGCUGAAGCGCAGCUUGGAACUGCUUAAAGCCUCGUCUAAGAAAACAGAAAGAUUAGAGGUGAGCUACCAGGGUCUGGACACGGAGAACCAGCGGCUUCAGAAGGCUUUGGAGAACAGCAGCAAGAAGAUCCAGCAGCUGGAGGCAGAAUUGCAAGAGGUGGAAACGGAGAACCAAACCCUUCAGCGUAACCUGGAGGAACUGAAGAUCUCGAGUAAACGGCUGGAGCAGCUGGAGCAGGAGAACAAAACUCUGGAACUGGAAAGCUCCCAGCUGGAGAAAGAUAAGAAGCUUCUGGAGAAGGAGAACAAGCGACUGAGGCAGCAGGCCGAGAUCCGCGACUCCAAGCUGGAUGACGGCAACCAGCGGAUCGCCGCCCUGGAGAAGGAGAACCGCACCAUGGGCAAGGAGAUGAUCUUCUUCAGGGACUCGUGUACGAGAGUCAAGGACCUGGAGAAAGAGAACAAAGAGCUGGUCAAACAGGGCAGUAUAGAUAAGAAGACACUGAUGACACUAAGAGAGGAGCUUGUGAGUGAGAAACUGCGGACGCAGCAGAUGAAUAAUGACCUUGAGAAACUUACUCAUGAAUUGGAGAAAAUUGGACUGAACAAAGAGAGACUCCUGCACGAUGAGAGCUCCGAUGACAGGUUUAAGCUGCUUGAAACCAAACUGGAGUCAACUCUGAAAUCAUCUUUGGAGAUCAAAGAGGAGAAAAUCGCUGCUUUAGAGGCGCGAUUACAGGAAUCCUCCAACCUCAACCAGCAACUUCGGCAGGAGCUAAAAACGGUAAAGAAGAACUAUGAGGCGCUUCGCCAGAGAGAGGAGGAGGAAAGGAUGGUGCACAGCUCUCCCCCGAAAGGAGGGGAAAACUCCCAGACCGUCAAUAAAUGGGAAAAGGAGAGCCAUGAAGCCACCAGGGAGCUGCUGAAAGUCAAAGACAGACUAAUUGAAGUGGAGAGAAAUAAUGCUACACUGCAGGCUGAGAAGGUGGCUCUGAGAAGCCAACUCAAACAACUGGAAACUCAGAGCUCCAACCUGCAGGCACAGAUUGUAGCGGUGCAGAGGCAGACCGCCUCCUUACAGGAGAACAACACCACUCUGCAGACGCAGAAUGCCAAACUGCAGGUGGAGAACUCCACCCUGAGCUCUCAAAGUGCGGCCCUCAUGGCCCAGAACGCCCAGCUGCAGAGCCAGCAGAGCAGCGUGGAGGGAGAGCGGGAGGGAGCGCUGAGAGAGAAGGAGGAGCUGAGGGCGGCCUACGAGCUGCUGCUCCGGGAUCACGAGAAGCUGGCGGCGCUCCACGAGCGGCAGGCGGCCGAGUACGAAGCUCUGAUUGGGAAACACGGCGGCCUGAAGACCUCCCAUAAGAGCCUGGAGCAACAGCACAGAGACUUGGAGGACAAGUACAAGCAGCUCCUGCAGAGAAAGGGAGAGCUGGAGGAGUUGGAGAAAAACCUGAAGGAGCAGCAGGACAAGAUGACUCAGGAGAAUCAGAGCCACCAAGCCACAGCUGACCAGUGCAAACUGCUCAAAGAGGAAAACGACAGGCUGAACACCGCCUAUCACCAACUGAUGAAGGACAACGAGAGUCUGCAGGUGGACCAUAAGAACAUAAAGAGCCAGCUGAACAGUGCAAAGCUGGAGCAGACCAAGCUAGAAGCCGAGUUCUCCAAACUCAAGGAGCAAUACCAGCAGCUGGACAUCACCUCCACUAAACUCACCAACCAGUGUGAGCUGUUGAGCCAGCUGAAAGGCAACUUGGAGGAGGAGAACCGUCACCUGUUGGACCAGAUCCAGACCCUGAUGCUGCAGAACCGCACACUUCUGGAGCAGACGAUGGAGAGCAAGGACCUGUUCCAUGUAGAGCAAAGACAAUACAUAGACAAGCUAAACGAGUUGAGGAGACAGAAGGAAAAACUUGAGGAGAAAAUAAUGGACCAGUACAAAUUCUUUGAUCCUUCGCCUCCACGCAGGCGUGGCAACUGGAUCACUCUGAAGAUGAAGAAGUUGAUGAAGCCGAAGAGCCGGGAGCGGAUGCGCUCUCUCACGCUGACCCCCUCUCGUUCGGAGCUGGGGGAAAGUGUUUUCACUUUUGUUCCAGACGGCCAGGACAGCUCCUCCAUCGGCUCUGGGUCCAACUCGCUGGAUGACACGCUCACACAAAAGAGGAGCAUAAGAAGGAGAGGGCAGCAUUCCCAUGCCCAAAGUCAGGGUUCGUCCAAUGCUAUAAAGAGGUUGCCUUUCAUAAGGAACAGAUCCAAGGACAAAGACAAAGACAAGGCCAUCUACCGACGCUCGAUGUCUAUGAACGACUUGCUGCAGACGAUGGCGGUGGCCGGUGUUUCCGGGUCACAGUGGGCGGGCAGCACGGAGAAUCUUGACGGACCUGAAGCAGGAGACGGCGGCAUGACGGGCAGCAGCAGGCGCAGCGGACAGCGCAUGAAGGAGCUGGCCCUGUCCACUAACGCCAUCGACUGCGCUGCACUAACACUGCCGUCUGCGAGGCGGGCUAAGCUCCAGCUUCAGGUCAAAGACAAUGCCUCAUGUGAGGAUGUUGCUGGUUCCUUAGAUGACCCGAAGAGUCAAGGCCGGCAGGGGUCUAGCAGUGCUCUUGCUUUGUGUCGUCCUGUUGAGCUGAAGGCUAUGUGCAGAGUUCCCUGUAGCAUCUGUACCUCCAGACCCUCCAGCCUUCAUAGCAACAGGACAAGUAGCAAUAGUAACAAUAACUCUCACCUCACCUCUCCUCUGGAGGGCAAAGGCGCGCUGAAUGGCAGUCUUAGCAGGCCUCAGAGUGAGAGCAGCGGGGAGUUCAGCUUGAGCCUGGACCAGGAGGUGUGGUCCAGCAGCGGCAGCAGCCCCGUCCAGCAGCCCGCCUCCUUGCGCUCCUCCCACCAGAGCCCCCUGCAGCUGCGCAGGUCCCUGGAGCCGUCCGGCACCGCCGCCGUCUCCGCUCAGGCACAGACCAGGAAGACGGGAUCCUCCAGCGAGGUUCUGUCCCUGCAGCAGUUCCUAGAUGAGGGUAUUGAUCCUGCAGAGUCUGGCAGUCAGGAGAACCUCACGGUGGAUUCCCCUCGCCUCUCCGCGUUUUCUGAGCACGCUCUGAAAGAUCGCGCCUCCACCAAGGCGCGGGGCAUUUUACGCUCCAGCAGUGGGAGAGCGGCGCCGACCAGUGCCGACCGGGCUCUGAAGUCCUCGGGACAGCCCGGCCGGCCGAGCCUGCGGAAAGCCGAGAGCACGCGUGUCAGAGGCUCCGCCCCUCUCCGCCCCACCCUGUCCUCCCAGGGGAAAGCCACGUCCGUCUCCGAGCGCCUGGACUCCGCCGCCUCCUCCUCCACGCUGCCCCGGGCCAGCAGCGUCAUCUCGACAGCCGAAGGUACCACAAGGCGCACCAGCAUCCAUGACCUACUGUCCAAAGACCACCGGCAGCCCGUGUCUGUUGACGCCUCUCCUCACGCCCCCUCCCCAAAGGCUGGAGUACGCUCGCAGCCGACACCCAGUGAGUACCACCCCAACAUCGCCUCCCCCAUGCCCAAAUCAGUCAGCCUACCCUGCCACAGCUCAGAGGACCCCGACCUCGACAGCCUCGAGUCUUUCCUCGGCCCCUCCUUCACCGCAGAGUCGGUGUUCAUGGACUCCAUCUUUAGCGAGUCAGCAGAAAAUCUCCCCUUCCUGUCUCUGAACCCCACCCUAGUCAGCAACAUCAGCGGGCCCCCGGCCCAGCCUCGCCCCGGGCCGAACCAGAGCCCCCACAGUCAGUCCAAUGGCCCGAUGAGGUCCAGCUCAGCCCGCCUGACGGCGUACGAUGAUGGUAUUGGUCCAAGUAGCGUUGCUGAGUCAGAGCAGACUCUGAGCCCAGAGGAGAGCCAGUCUCUGUGGUACGAGUACGGCUGUGUGUGAGUCACCCGAAGGUUUCUCACCAGACGAUCAGAACUUCUUCUAGAGCUGGAGAACGAAAUCAUUGGAUGAACUAAUCUUCCUUUCCUGCAUGUCAGAGCACAAUUUUUUUUAUUAUUAUUAUUAUUUGGUGCAUUAAGGUCAUUUUCUGUUUGUCAUGGUGCUGAAUGCUUUACCUUUUCUUUUUUUUUUUCUUACUUGGGUGGGACUUUGAACUCUCCUCCGUCCAAAAAGCCGUUAUCGUGUUUGCUCAUCAAAGUGGUUAAAAAUGGUUUUGCUCUUUAUUUUUAUUUUUACAUGGCCAUCACACAAGGCCUGUUCGUUUCUCAAAGAUCCGUUAAAGCCAGCAGAACCUUUUGCUGUCCCAAGUAACUGUCCCUGUGACACUGAAGCAGCUUUGUCAUGAUGGACUCGCCUCCCACUUUGUGGUGUGAUUUACUACCAGAGUGUUUUCCACGGUUUGCGUUGUUCACUAAACUGCAUGGCUUUGUUCUGUCAGCCUGAGUUAAAACAGCAAUUUUGAUAGUGGGAAUCAAAAUGGAUUUUAAAUUUAAUUUUUUUGUUGACGUGUGCACUGUUUUUGUGCAUUUAAUGUUUUUUUUUUCUUUCUUUUUUCAAUUUCAUGUGUACAUAUAUCUGAACUGGAGGCUUUACUGGAUUGGUGGUGGGUUGUGGCGUUUGUGGGCUCCAACUAAUCUCUGGGGCUGGUGACAAAAUGAUGCAUCUUCUUUCUCAAAAUGAUCUCUGGGUGUCAUUAAAGGGACAAGUGAAAGUUGACGGCGAAGGGACCGGAUCGUAGCAUUACCUUGGUGAAAUUUACCUUUUAGAUUUCGACUGAGUAUGGCAGCUGUUAAAUGCAAGGUGGAAAAUGAAGGUUAACGAGUUUUUGAUUAUUUUGUCAAUGAAGCAUGCAUCAUUUCAUUUUUGAUUUUUAUCCUUUUUCCUUUUAUUGCUCUUAAUGCACCACACUCUAGAAAGGGUCAUGUUAGUGCUCUAGACUCGGCCACAUUUUGUACAAAGUUAGUAAUUUAUAUAAUCAAAAGAUAAACAUCGCUCAUCGUGCCAAACUUAUUUGCAUUUAGAGUUUUUAUUUAUUUCUGCUUUUGUAGGUGCUAUUUUACUCUUAAAUAUAUUUAUCU